UUCUUUUCACUAUAAAUACACACUCUUUUCCCUCUUUAUUGCUUUCCCCAACGCAGUGUCUCUUUUGCUCUUUCGCCAACCCAAUAGCAGGAGAGUUUUUAGGUUUCCGGGAUUAUGGGGUCGCCGUUACUGUCAGAUCUGGCCACUGAAAUCAUUAUUCCGGUAUGCGCCGUGGUCGGUAUUGUUUUCUCUUUGGUUCAAUGGCUGUUGGUCUCCAAAGUUAAGCUCACACCGGAACCUAACCGCUCGCCGUCAAACAACAACAAGAAUGGAUUCAAUGAUUCUUUGAUCGAAGAGGAAGAAGGCGUUAACGAACAUAACGUCGUUGCUAAAUGCGCUGAGAUUCAGACUGCCAUUUCUGAAGGUGCAACCUCCUUUUUGUUUACCGAGUAUCAAUACGUGGGCAUUUUCAUGGUUGUCUUUGCAAUCUUGAUCUUUCUUUUCCUGGGUUCCGUUGAGGGAUUCAGCACAAAGAGUAAACGGUGUACCUAUGAUAUCACCAGAAUGUGCAAGCCUGCACUUGCCACUGCUUUGUUUAGUACCGCAUCCUUUGUGCUUGGGGCGGUUACCUCUGUUCUCUCUGGUUUCCUCGGGAUGAAAAUAGCUACGUAUGCAAAUGCAAGAACGACACUAGAAGCAAGGAAAGGAGUUGGGAAAGCGUUUAUUAUUGCAUUUAGAUCUGGUGCUGUAAUGGGUUUUCUCCUUGCUGCAAAUGGUCUUUUGGUUCUAUACGUUACGAUUAAUCUCUUUAAGUUGUACUAUGGAGAUGAUUGGGAAGGCCUUUUUGAGGCUAUAACUGGUUACGGGCUCGGUGGAUCUUCGAUGGCUCUGUUUGGAAGAGUUGGUGGUGGUAUAUACACUAAAGCGGCUGAUGUUGGUGCUGAUCUCGUUGGGAAGGUAGAAAGGAACAUUCCAGAAGAUGAUCCCAGAAAUCCUGCUGUAAUUGCUGAUAAUGUUGGGGAUAAUGUUGGUGAUAUCGCUGGGAUGGGAUCCGAUCUUUUUGGUUCUUACGCUGAAUCAUCUUGUGCUGCACUUGUUGUUGCCUCGAUUUCUUCUUUUGGGAUCAACCACGAAUUCACAGCAAUGUGCUAUCCUUUGCUCGUGAGCUCGGUGGGAAUCAUUGUUUGUUUGAUAACCACACUUUUUGCAACUGAUUUCUAUGAAAUCAAGGCUGUCAAGGAUAUCGAGCCAGCAUUGAAGAAUCAGCUUAUUAUAUCGACUGUUCUUAUGACCGUUGGAAUUGCAAUCGUUAGUUGGAUCGCUCUGCCUUCAUCCUUCACAAUAUUCAAUUUUGGCGUACAGAAAGUUGUGCAUAACUGGCAACUUUUCUUGUGCGUGUGCGUCGGUCUUUGGGCUGGACUUAUUAUCGGUUUUGUGACCGAGUAUUACACCAGCAAUGCAUACAGCCCGGUGCAAGAUGUUGCAGAUUCGUGCAGGACUGGAGCUGCAACUAACGUUAUUUUCGGCCUUGCAUUGGGAUACAAAUCCGUCAUCAUUCCUAUUUUCGCGAUAGCAAUCGGUAUCUUUGUCAGCUUCAGCUUUGCCGCCAUGUAUGGUAUUGCAGUUGCAGCUCUUGGGAUGCUCAGCACGAUUGCGACUGGACUGGCUAUAGAUGCUUAUGGUCCCAUCAGUGACAAUGCUGGCGGCAUAGCCGAGAUGGCUGGCAUGAGCCACAGAAUCCGUGAGAGGACCGACGCCCUUGAUGCUGCCGGAAACACCACUGCCGCCAUCGGAAAGGGAUUUGCUAUCGGGUCUGCUGCACUGGUUUCGCUGGCGCUAUUUGGUGCGUUUGUGAGCCGUGCAGGGAUUCAAGUAGUUGAUGUGUUGACACCGAAAGUGUUCAUCGGUCUAAUCGUUGGUGCCAUGCUUCCGUACUGGUUCUCCGCCAUGACCAUGAAGAGCGUAGGCAGUGCCGCCUUGAAAAUGGUGGAGGAAGUCCGUAGACAGUUCAACACCAUCCCGGGUCUGAUGGAGGGUACCGCCAAGCCGGACUACGCCACCUGUGUCAAAAUCUCGACCGAUGCAUCCAUCAAGGAGAUGAUUCCCCCGGGUGCACUCGUCAUGCUAACUCCCCUCAUCGUUGGGAUCUUUUUCGGAGUCGAGACUCUUUCAGGCGUUCUUGCCGGUUCUCUAGUUUCUGGCGUCCAGGUGGCGAUUUCGGCAUCGAACACGGGUGGUGCAUGGGACAAUGCCAAGAAGUACAUUGAGGCGGGGGCGUCGGAACACGCAAGGACCCUGGGACCGAAGGGGUCCGAACCACAUAAGGCUGCAGUUAUAGGUGACACGAUUGGGGACCCGUUAAAGGACACGUCAGGUCCAUCGCUGAACAUUCUGAUCAAGCUCAUGGCUGUAGAAUCGCUGGUGUUUGCACCCUUCUUUGCUGCUCAUGGUGGUUUGCUUUUUAAGCUGUAGAAGAAGGUAGAGAGCUUUUGUAGCAGAGUAUGUGUUAGAUUUGCCACGUUUUAUUUUCCUCCAUGACUACUGUGGUAGAGUUGGUAGGCUGAAUAGUAUUUUUGCUGAUACAAUUUGCCCAUGAGAUGAGAUGAGAUGAGAAGAGAGGGUUUAGAUUUGGGUUAGUUUUCUAAGACCACUUGGUUUGUAGUUUAUGAUUUUUGGAGGAAUCUGUUACUUUUAUAAUCUUGUGUUUUCAUGUUCAAAGUCU